AAUCAACAGUAUAUCACUGUGUCACAUCACACACUCAUUUUGGUAGACCUGAUUCAUAUAUUUUGGUAAUUACUGCUUUGUUGUUCCCUGCUUUGUGUUUUCGUUUUAAUUUCUCUAGUUGUAGAUAAUCAUCAUCAAUUCGAUCUGGCACACGAAAUGAUCUUAAUUACUCCGUUAAUAAAUCAACAGGCUGUCCAUUUAAGAAAUAUUAAAAAUUCCCGGCUGAUGCAUUGGAUCACUGUAAUAUAUGUACUACUUAAACAAUUACUGAACUAGUAUACUUAAGACUUUCUUCUAUCACAUGUUUGUUCUGUACAUCUAAUAUUACUAUUUAUAUCAAAUUGAUCAUGCCUGUAAACUGGCGUGAAUACUGUAAUUAUUAUUUUCAGAAUAUAAAUAAAUUAAAUUAUUAUAAUAAUCAUAAAUCUCUUUGUAAUGUAAACAUACAUUUGACACAAUCUGUUCACACUUCGAUCUGUGAAAUUUUCAUAAAUUAAGACAGUUUUCUAAUAAGUCAUAAUCAAACAUGUGAUUUUACUGUUUAGACCAAUUUUCGAGUAGAUAAUUUGCAGUAUUCAUGUUUUCAGUAUAUAUAUAUAUAUAUAUAUCCGAAAUCAAUUAAUGAGAGGCAAAAUAAACCAACCACAUGAAGUAGGCCUUUCCGACAUAACAAUUAGAAACGGUUAGUCAUAACAAAUUCACAAUGAGAUAUAACAAUUAACGAUGGGAAUUUUGGAAUAAGAAAACUAUAAAAAUCACUUGCAGAGUUAUUUUACAAGUUUCAGUUUCCAUUUAUAACCUAGUCGAUGAUUCAUUAGUUUCCAAUGUAGUCCUUCAUAAAUUCGAGAGGAAUAAUUCAUACCAAUUAAAUUCUGGAGAUAUCAUAACAAAUGUUGCUUGUUCUCACAGUACAUUCGUAUCUUGUGAAAACCUUAGUCAGUAUGAAGCAUAAAUUUUUAAUGGGUUCAGAUCUAAUUAUAAUUCUGAUGGAACUAUAUUAAAUGUUAUUUGUCCUCACAUUCCAUUUACCUGUAUUCAGUCUGAGAAAAAUGUUUGAAAGGAGUCACAAUCUGAUCACAGGUCAGAUGUCAUUGUAGCAGAUUUUGGGUGCUCUCAUACCUCAUAUAUGUUACAUAUAAUCCCUCCUCAAUCCUAUGAUAAAUUAACUGAUAUAACAAGUGUUAGCGAAGCAGUCACGAAGCCAAAAUACCCAAAAGUGACAAAAGGAACAUUCAACCUCUGUGUAUACCCACACGCCCCAUUAUGUACAUAUAAUGAAGGUGCUAGUAGUGAUAAAACUGUUGAGGUCAAUAAAGUCACAUUAUUUGUAACGUCACUAUAUGAAGAUCCAACAAUGUUUCGUGGAGGAGAGGAAAUCGUAUGCGCAUUGAACAAAACAACUGAGCACAGAAGGUUAAAUAGAUUUUCUACGAAUGAAACUAAAAACAAACCAACUGGAGGCUUGAAAUCGACCACGUGACCGUCCGAGAUCCCAGAGAUAUGCUGAAAAUGUAUCAGAAUUUGAUAUAUUACAUGAUUAUCUCAUAUCUAUGUGUUAUAUGUUCAGAAAACCUAACAGUUACUUUUGUUGGACACAUAAAAAAUGGGGAGUGCUAU